AUGAAGAAAUCAAUUGCUUGCGGCGCAUGUCGAACUUCGAAGAGACGAUGCAUUCAUUCUGGUGGGCCGCCGUGUAUCCGCUGCAAGGAACGAGGCGAUGAAUGCAUCUUCCCUCCCAAAGGCACCUCCUUCAUAUUCCGACGCUCACGGCUUGAGCGCCAGCAACGUGCUGCAUCGUCUGCCCUGCCAACCGAUGUCAGCACUGUAUCUUCCCUCUUAUCCGCCGCCGCCGGGCCUCAAGGCGAGGCUACAGAUGACCCGGACGAGCAGCCCAAGGUCAACCUAUGGGAGAAGGACCCUCUGGAAUACGUGACGGAUGAAGUCAAGGAGAGCUACAUGAGAUGUUCGUACAAGUGGUCCUUCCACCACAUGCCUACUUUCUUUGCACAAAUCCGGAACAAAACCUUGGAUCGGUCCGUUGCCUGGGCGAUGUUGGCCAUUACCGUGCGGUUCUCUCAGAAACCUCCCGAGGGGUUUUCCAGCCAGAUCCAAACUAGCAACUAUUUCGCCGCGCACACCAGAUCCCUUAUUCUCCCGUCGAUCGAUGAACCGAGCUUGCAGCGGAUACAGGUUCUUCUCAUGCUCACGGGCCAUUCAUGGGGGUCGGGCGAAGGCAGACGCGCAUGGGUGUACCUCGGAAUGGCCGUGAGGAUGGCCCAGAUCAUGGGUUUAUUCGAAGAUACGCCAGUCACGUCUCCGGACACCCAAGACUUCAUCCACGGAGAGGAACGACGGCGAACUGCUUGGACUUGCUUUCUAAUGGACAGCCUCUUGAGCGGCGGCAAAGGACGUGAGCGAUUGCUUUCUGCGGAUAGCAUGCAGAUCCAGCUGCCCUGCGAUACGAGCAACUUCAUCUUCGGCGAAUCGGUCCUCUGUCCCUUCAUCGAAGGCUUUCGAUCCGAUGGCACUGCAAAACUCCCGCGUGGAAACAUGGGCAUUGUCGCCUACAGUAUGAGGGUUGCUGACAUUUGGGGUGCCGUCGCGAAAUGGUCUUGCUCUUCGCACCCAAACAACACGCCUCCCUGGCAAGCAGAAUCAGAACUCCAGCGCUUGCUUGUACGGCUCAACGCCUGGAAAGACUCAUUACCUCCUCGCCUGCGCUAUGAUCUGUCUCUACUGCACGCCCACAGUGUCCAGAAUCAAGGACAGGCGUACUGCUAUAUGCACUGCAUCCAUUUCAUGUCGGUCAUAUUCCUCUAUCGAUCAUAUUUGCCCGAAUUGGAAAUGCACGAGGAAGCGGAGCAUGAGAACGGCGACAGGAACCAGUGGACUGAGUUCUCUUGCAAAGAGCUUGCAAAAGUUGCUGACCAGGUGUGCGAAAUGCUCCAGGACAUCCGUGGAUUUGGCUUCUUCUUUUUGCGCGGCUUGGUUCCUUGGAUAGGCUUUACCAUUUACACAGCGAUUGGAACAUUGCUGUAUUUCUGGCAUUUCCCUCACGUUGAUGAGGGUGAUCCGCAGAUUGAAAGCUGGAGGCAGCGCAUCAUUGAUGGAUGUGUUUUCCUCAAGGACAUGAGGCAAGCCUGGCCAAUGGCUGACACCUGGCGUGAGACGAUCAAGGCAAUGCACAUAUUCUAUAGCAAUGUCAAGUCCAAGGGCAAUCAGGCCAUGAGUCCAAGUGCUCGCCGAGAGAUGCGCAACGCCAUCAUCGACUAUGGUGCGUUGCAACCAUCUCCUGUUCAGCCAGCCGACAGUUGCAGCGAAGAAGAUGCCAUGGUACGUCUAUUUCUAUGCGUGAGGCUUUCGCUCUAG